AUGCCUUCACUAAAAGCCUAUACACCUUACGAGACCCUCGCCUUCUGCCAAUCUGUCGUCCAUCAUGGCUCCGAUACCGCUGCCUUUGAGGGUAUCGCGACCGCCUUGAAUGCCAAUCAGCUCAUUCGCGAGAGUGAGUCGUACGAUCAGACUCGUUUGACUGCCGCGGCACUGCAAGGAUUAUACCAUGAGCUCCUGGUCGAAGAGAGAAAAACACAGACUCCUCCUAUGGUGAAUGGCGACAAUGCGAAAUAUGGUACGAACCCGCGAAAGCGGAAGUUGUCGACCUCGCCCACUCCACCCCCAGCUGCGGCUGGAAGUGACGGAGAUGAACAGAGAAUAUUGCAAGCCCUGGUAGACAAACUCUAUGCUCGCUUCAGGGAACAAGCCAUAAAAGAAAUACGACAGGAAGAGGACGACUAUCUCAGACUGCAAGCUGAAAUCUCGGAACUCGAAAAGGCUGAAGAGGAGAACGAGAGGCAGCAAGCUGAUACUGAACGAGUGAAAACGCCGCAAGUUGAACAGCCUCAGACAAUCACAGAGGCAGCCUCGAAGCCUCCAGCAGUCGAGACCAGCACUGAUACCACAAAUGCACCGCUGCCUGCUGGCAUAGAGGUAAAUCGAAAAGAGCAGAUCACUCCACCUGUGGGCGCAACUCCAGCAGCAGCAGCAGCAGCAGAUGCAGAGGUGUCGCCAGCAUCCGUCCGCAGCAGUCUGCACCAACCUCUCGCACCGUCACACUCUCCUGCUCCCACUACUCCCACCCUUGUUCCAAAAGGAUCAGCAGAAGCUACUCCGAUAAGACCAUCACAACAAGCACCAGCACAUCCUCCGCAUCAGUCGCCGGGAGCGUUUCACCGUACUCUUCCAGUCCCUUCUCCCCAGCGACCAAACUAUGGCGCUAUCAAUCCCCAGCAUUUUCAGCCAGGCCCUCACGGUCAACCUGUACCAGUAUUACCACAAUAUGUCGGAUCGCCUCACAUGCCUCCGCCCGCAGAGUUUCCCCCUCAAAAGCGCGGAAAUUCAGCAUCUGGCCAGGGACGAGGCUCGCCUAUCCCAAUGCAGCCUCAGCAGCCAUAUCCAGGAUAUGCUGGAUAUCCACAGCAGCCUCCUUGGCCUCACCAUAUGCCUCCUCAGUACCCUCAACCUCCACCGUAUCCUAAUUCGCCAUAUUAUAUGCAAUCUCCUGCUGGGCGACCUACUAUAUCAUAUCAAACUCCACAUCAUCCGACAUACGUGGCGUACCCUCAAAGCGCCCCUGUUCACUAUCAGGGACAGCCUUCACAUCCACAAAUAUGGCCAUCACCACAGCCUGGCCAGCCAUAUUAUGGAUAUCCUGGUUCCGCAAAUGUGACACCGGUACCUAGAAGCGACUCGCGUCAAGCAUUACACCGAGGAAGAUCGUCAACGCCAUGGAAGAAGCGAUCUCAAGCUCCCAUGAGUGUCCGACCAUCAAGUCCGACUCGACCUGAGCGGGAGGUCAGCCCUCUCACGGAUACGGAAUCGCCGACUCGAGCAGGAAAGGUGACAAAAUCUCCCGGCAAGAUGGACCAAAAGGUCGAAGAAAGCACCUUAUCCGUGCCAGAAGUUGCACCACCGACUAGAGGCCGACAGGCAACAAGUGCCACACCCAGUGCAUUUGCUGCGUCACGAUCGCAUUCACUUGCUUCGUUCACGUCAGACACUCCGACAGACAAGCGCAAGAAGGGUGGCCAGGCUCAAAAGAUCAAGGCUGAGCCUCCCAGUACUCCUGUACCGAUACAGUCCGAUACAGAACAGCCGACGCAAAGAACCAGCAAUCGGCGCGGAAGACCUCGAACCACUGCAGCCCCCCCUAAGACUGACCUGAUUCAGCCAGCUGCCAAUACCAAUAAACGCAAGCGUUCACUAGUUCGCGAUUCUGCCACCCCUCCCCCUUCACUCCCAACACAGUUACCGUCCCCAACGACUGCGACAGUCACACAUUUGCAGCCUCAACCCUCUAUGCGCCAACAAUCCUCGGUUUCAUCAUCACAUGAUCUCUCAUAUGUUUGUGUAUCCAAGAGCUUUGCCAAAACGGCUCAGCUCUUGCUCAAUGAUCUCGUCUCCCACAAACUUGCGAGCAUCUUUGCCAAGCCGCUCUCCGAGCGUGAUGCGCCAGGAUACAAGGACCUGGUCUCGAAACCCCAGGAUCUAAAGAGCAUCAAGGUGGCGAUCACGAAAGGAGGGAAAGCGGCCCUGGCAGCGAUUGAGGCGUUUGAAGAGAGAGCCGAUAACCAAAAUGCUGGAGAUGUGGACGUUAGCCAGCAGCUUUCCGCCAAUAAAGCCACUGCGCCCACGACUGGAUUGGUUGGAGGCUCAUCUGGGGCGGAAAGGGCAUUGGGAAAUGGAGUCUACCUUGUGAAAGCGACAGAAGACCUCGUGCCUCCUAAAGGAAUCGUGAACUCGGCGCAGCUUGAGCUGGAGCUUGUCCGCAUGUUCGCAAACGCAGUCAUGUUCAACCCUUUGCCAAGCUCAGAACGAGGCUUUGGCCGCUCUCUCCGCCUAAGGAAACGAGGGGUGGACCUGGCUCCCCAGUUCAAAGAGGUGGAUGGAGAUCAUGACAGCGGAGCAAACGAGAGUGAGGAGUCGGACGAAGGCAGUCCUGGGGAGGAGGGCGGUAUUAUCUCGGACACGCGAGAGAUGUUCGAGGAUAUCAUGGCCAAGGUGAAGAAGUGGAAAGAGCUUGAGCUCGAGAGACUGGGAAACGUCGACACUGGCAUGACCAUGGAGGCUGAGCACACGGCUGCUACCCCGACACCGGGCACCUUGAAGCCGGCCCUCCAGGGCCCGACACUGGGAAGUACCGGUGGUAAUGGAAGUACGAGUGCCAGCCUCCGACACUCGGAGAGUGUUGAAAAAGAAGACGAAGGAGCCGCAGCACCAAGCACGCCAGUGGCGUCAGGAACGGGAACCGCGAGGAAAAGGAGGCGCAUUGCGGACGGCUAG